UCCGUGCCGAACUGAACAAUUUCCUCAUGAAGGAAUUGUCAGAAGAUGGCUACAGUGGUGUUGAAGUCCGUGUAACUCCCACCAGAACCGAGAUCAUUAUUUUGGCCACCAGAACCCAGAAUGUUCUUGGAGAGAAAGGACGACGGAUCAGAGAAUUGACAUCUGUUGUACAGAAACGGUUUCGUUUCCCAGAAGGUUCAGUUGAGCUGUAUGCUGAAAAAGUGGCCACCCGUGGUUUGUGUGCCAUAGCUCAAUGUGAAUCAUUACGAUACAAAUUAAUUGGUCAGCUACCAGUAAGAAGGUGAGUAGAAGUGGUGUUUAUAUUCUGUCUAAAUAUACUUCAUUGU